AGAUUUCUACUGAAAAGUAUCGAACGCAGAAUUUUUCGAAUUGGCGGAAUUACUUUGAUAAAUUAUUACAAUAUACAAAAUUAUAGAGGUGAAAUAUAUUAUUGUAUAGCUCUCGCCACAUUGUAGUUUUGAAACUAACUAAAUUAUGAAAGUUUAAAAAAUUUUAUUGUGGAAUCUUGUAGUAAUAUUAUAGAUAUCUAUACUUUUGCCUACAACUUUUGGACACUAAGUCAAUUAAAACUAAAACAAUUUGUGGUUCAACAUUUGACGACAACCAAAAAACAAAUUCAGAGGAAAUAGUAGAAUUGAACAGGAUUAAAAAUUAGAUAAAUGUUCAGUUUAAUGCCAUGAUGCGGUACUCAGAAAUUUCAAGAGAACUAUCAUCAGACAGUCUGAGAUUUGCAGAAAACAGUGAAAAUUAUAUUUAUCGAAAUUUACGUGACGAAUCACCAAAUAGCGACAUAUCUAACAAUAGUGGCCCACUAUCAAAUUCACCAACAUUAAAAAAUAACACAACAAUUAAUAAUACACCAGAAUCUAGGAAUAAUUUCUAUUAUCGGGAGCAUCGUUUAAGUUCUAUUUCAAAUAAUGGUGGAGAUAUGGUUGAUCAAUAUCAAUGUAUGUCACCAAGUAAAUCGAUAACAAUGAAAAAUGGUAUUAAACAACCAUUUCAACAGUCAGACGGUGUAGCUACUGUUUCAACAACAGAAGAAGGAAUAUUGUCAUCUGCAUUUUAUUUGCCUAGCGGAUGCCGAUAUUCUGACAAGAGAGAUAGUAAUAAGACAUCUAAUUCAGUAGUUGCUAACAAUAGCAUAAACAGCAAUAGCACUAUUUCUCCUGGUGGAGGUUCAUUUCUGAGUCGUAAUAACAGCAAAGACUGUGAUAACAUUUCUGUACGUGGUAUAACAAUAUCUGGUGGAAGUAACAACGGCUCUGGAAGUGGAAAGAGUUCAAGAAGAAAAAAUUCAAUUGGUUCUGCUUUGGGUUCAGCAUGUUUAACGGCGAUGUCUUCGUCACCUACUUCUGGUUGUUAUUAUCAUUAUGGGUCAACCCCACCAGCAAAAACUCAAAGUUUGCCACCGAACGCUUCUAUAAAAAAUUAUGAUGAAGUUAUUAUGAGUGCAUUGAGGGUUUCUGCUGAAGAACUGGCAAAUCAAAUAACACUUUUAGAUUUUCCAUGUUUUGCUGCAAUACAACCCGACGAAUUAACAAGUUGCGCUUGGACUAAAAAAGAUAAACAUGUAAACACACCAAAUAUUGUUGCAUUUACCAAACGAUUUAAUCACACAAGUUUUUGGACUGUGCAAGAAAUUUUAAGUGGAGAUACGCCAAAAUUUCGGGCUGAAAUUUUGACACAUUUUAUUAAGGUUGCAAAAAAACUUUAUGAAUUGAAUAAUUUGCAUUCUCUUUUUGCUAUAAUAUCAGCAAUGCAAUCAGCUAGUAUAUAUCGCUUAAAGAAAACUUGGUCCUGUCUUUCUAAAAAAGACAAGCAAUCAUUUGAUCGUUUAGCUGAUAUUUUUAGUGAUCAAAAUAAUUGGGAAAAUUUGCGUGAAUAUUUGGAAAGUUUACGUUUACCAUGUAUACCAUAUCUAGGGCUCUAUUUAACUGAUUUGAUUUACAUUGAUUUAGCGCAUCCCCAUUCUGGGGGACUAGAACCAGAACAAAGGCGUAAUAAGAUGAAUAAUAUAUUGAGAAUGAUUUCAAAUUAUCAACAUUCAGAUUAUCGACAUAUUGUACCAAUUGAAAGGACUCAAAAAUAUUUACAAUCUAUAAGAUAUAUUGAAGAGUUGCAGAAUAUAUUUGAAGAGGAUCAAUACAAGAAAUCUUUGAAAUUGGAACCAUCAUCGUCUGUUCCUAGCUCCUCAUCUUGUAGUUCAAAAGAAUCAUUUAAUGUUGAUGCAGCUCCAGCAUUGGCAUGCUUAAAUUUGUCACCAGCAAAAACUGGUUCUGUCAGAAUAUCAAACACCGGAGCUCAAAAAUUCAUUCCAGGACAUCGAAAAUGUAGAAGUUUAGGUUCAAAAUUUCGUAGUACAAGUUUACCUAGAAAUUUUUAUCAAAAAUGUCAAUGCCCGAUAAUAAUUAUUGCACCUGGAAUUGGUACUAUUUCGAAUAAACGAUGCAAAUGUCGCAUUUUUGGGAAGUUCAAUAGUACUCAUCAUCAUCAUCAUCAUCCAGAAAUUGUUACAGCAGAUGGUUCAGAAUGUCUUGCCAAUAUUCAUCAAUUACCACGCCAUUUACUUGAUGAUUCGGUACUUGAAGAUCAAGUAAUAAAUAGUCACUGUCAAAAACGUCCGAGUAGUGGAACACAACUUGCAUCAGAUGCAACAUCGACUGGAAGUUCUGAUGGUGUUUUAUUUUCAUUAGAUAUUGAUGCUGCAGAUUACAAUUUUCAGUCGCUAAGUUUUCAAGGAUGCGUAAGACGUAAAACAAUAUUAAAAGAAGGUAGAAAACCUGUUGUUGUAUCUUGGCAACGGUACUGGUUACAAAUUUGGGCUAAUUCAUUGGUAUAUUUCCCACCGAAAUCAUUUAAAGGUUCUGAAAGAACAGACUUUAAACGUGAGCCGUGUAAAGUCUGUCCAUUGGAUGGUUGGUCGGCUCAAGUUUCAGACAAUUCAAAACACAAAAAUACAUUUGAAUUAUAUAAUCCAACUUUAGGUACCGUUUAUAAAUUUCGUACAGAUUGUGUGAAUAUGACCGAACGAUGGGUAACAGCCAUUUGCAAAGCGUCAUCCAAAAAUUUUGAGAGACCACUACCAGCCAAUUUAAUGUCUUUUGAAUAAUAUUAUUUGUAAGCCUGCCUCGACAAGACCUGAAUAAAGAAAAGAAAAUUAUGUGAAACUUGAUUAGUUUAAUAUUAGCUUUUAAAUUUUUUUUGCUAAUUGUUUUAAAAUAAAACUUUAUGUGAUUUGAAGAGCGUAGUUUAAAUACCCUGACAAAAAUUCAAAUUAUUAUUAUUGAAAAUCUGUUAAAUCAUAAGUUUGUUUGUAAAAUUUUCACUUUACAUUUUAUGAUUUUUUAAUUGCAAAAUGCUUAAAAAUAGUUUCGUAUUAUCGUUUAUUGUGUGUGAUUUUAUAAAAUUGCUCUUGAAAAAGUAAUUUAUAUAACUAUUAAAACUAGUAAAUCGAUAUUGAAUUAUUAAAUCGAAAUUAUCUAUGCUAAAAAAUUAAUUAUAAUGUAACUAUUAACAAUGUUAUUAAUGCUAUUAGAAUUUUUAUAAAAAUUUUAAAUGUAUAAAAAUAAAAAAUCCUUUGUUCUUCAUGUCACAAAUUUUUCAUAUCUGUUUUUUAAAAAUAAAAAUAAUAGGCUUAAAAUCUUAUAAAACUCAAUGGUAUUAUUGUCAUCAUCAUCGACUAUCAAAAGACUGAAAAGAAACAACUUGCGUCAAAAAAAAUUUUUUUUUGGUUGCAAAGCUUUAAAUUUCAAUAUAUUAUCUAGUUUUGUUUUACUCUUUAGAAAUUCGUUUAAAUAAAUUUAAAUUAAUUCAUAUCAUUAAUACAUACAUAUAUUAAAAUAAUAUAAAUGAUUCCUAAUAGAGGCUUUAAUAAAAAGAGAAUUAUAAAAAUCAAAAUGAACAAUUAUUCUUUUUAUUGUAAUACUGUUAGUUAACGAGUUCAAAAAAAUAUACAGCAUAAUAAAGUUUAUCCGUUUUUGUCUAAAAUUUUUUGGUAGGAUUAAAAAAUUACUUUUCACUGUAUAUUAAUUUUUAGUUUUGUCCUCAUAUAAUACGCAUAUUAAAUUAGAAAGCAAUGAUUUUUAAAUUUAUUUCGAAAAAUAUUAACUAUUAUCUUAAGUUUAAUGUAAGUUGAUAUUUCUAUUAAUAUUUGUUAAUAUAAAUCGUUGAUAUUUAAAUUAAAAAUUUCGUUAAAAUAACUUUUGAUAUAUUCGUAUAUGCAUAACUACUUUGAGCUUCUAUCAUAUUACAUUUACUAUAAAAUUUAAGAUAAAAUCUUAGCCAAACAAAGCUCUCUCAACGUUUAUGUAUAUAGAAAAUUUAUUCUAUAAUGUAACUAAAUGCAAGUCGA